AAAGAAGAAAAGCAAAAAUCCCCAAAACCUUAAUUCAUCUCAAUCUGAUUAUUGGAUAUCUAGCUUAUCCCGCCGCCGCAAUGGGUUCCUCCGGCAACCGUCGUAGCAAAGGGAAGACGGCGUCAAAGUCCGGCAGACGCCUCCGCCGAUCUUCCGACGAUAUUGCAUCAGACUCCGAUUCAAUUUCUCACACCGAGUCGGAAUCCGAAUCCGACUCAUCUCCGCCGAGUAGCCGCCGCCGCCGUUCAAGCAGUAGCAGAAGCAAAAGUCGAGGUCAUAGGAGCAGAUCGAGAAAUCAUGAUUAUGCAGACGAAGAGAGUAGUGACGACGAGCGAAAGAAGAAAAAGAAGAAAAUUACUGAAGAAGAAAUUGCUUUGUAUAUGGCUAAAAAAGCACAGAAGAAGGCAGCGAAAGUAGCGAAGAAGUUGAAAACGCAGAAUGUUUCUGGUUAUUCAAACGAUUCAAAUCCAUUUGGAGAUUCGAAUCUGAACGAAAAUUUUGUCUGGCGGAAAAAAAUUGAGCGAGAUGUUACUCGAGGUGUACCGCUCGAUACUUUCUCGAUGAAGGCAGAGAAGCAAAGGCAGAAAGAAAGAAUGGCUGAAAUUGAAAAGGUGAAGAAAAGGAGAGAAGAAAGAGCAAUUGAAAAAGCUCAACGAGAAGAAGAAUUACAGAUGCUAGCUAGAGAACGGGCCCGGGCUGAGUUCCAGGAUUGGGAGAAGAAGGAAGAAGAGUUUCAUUUCGAUCAGAGCAAAGUCCGAACUGAAAUUCGUCUUCGUCAAGGUCGUGUUAAGCCUAUUGAUGUUCUUAUCAAGCAAUUAGAACCUUCUGGAGAUUUCGAUGUGGAAAUAGACGAGCCCUAUGUGGUGUUCAAGGGUUUGGCUAUAAAAGAGAUGGAAGAACUUCAGGAGGAUAUAAAAUUGCAUAUUGAUUUGGAUAGGGAAACACCACUGCAUAUACAGUACUGGGAAGCCCUUUUGGUGGUUUGUGACUGGGAAUUGGCUGAAGCUAGGAGAAGGGAAGCAAUGGACAAAGCACGAGUACGCGGAGAGGAGUUACCACAUGAAUUGCUGGCAGAAGAGAGGGGUUUGCAUUCCAGCAUUGAAACAGAUGUGAAGUCUUUGUUACAAGGUAAAGGUUAUGGUGAAUUAGAAGCAUUGCAGUCACAAAUUGAAUCACAAAUGCGAUCUGGUACUGCUAAAGUAGUAGAAUAUUGGGAAGCUGUUCUUAAACGGCUUCAGAUUUACAAGGCUAAGGCUUGUUUAAGGGAAAUCCACGCGAAAAUGCUGCGCGAACAUCUUGAGCAUCUUGAGAAACCGUUGGAGAGCCGUGAUGUAGAGGUGGAAGAGACAUUGAGGACUGAUGAGGAAGACACGGAUCAUGAGCAAAAUGAUGUUCGAGCCAUUUCUCCAGAACCAAUCUUGAGUGAGGUAGUUAAGGAGAAAGAGGAGGUGGAGGAGGAGGAAGAAGAAGAAGAAUACGAUGAAGAGGCUGGUUCUUAUUCGCCUGUCUUAAUGCACGGGGAUGAUAUAGAAGAAGCAGUUGAUCCUGAAGAGGACAGGGCGAUACUCGAGAGGAAACGUAUGGCUGUUUUGGAAGAGAGACGUGCCCAAGACAAGAUUUUGCCACCGACUCCUGCAGAAGACAACUUUGAGAAGAAGGCUUCUAAAACUAUGGGAGCAAUGGAGGAAGGGGAUGUAGUAUUUGGCUCAAAUGAUGAAAUUAAUCUUGAUUCACAGGUGUACUGGUGGCAUGACAAGUAUAGGCCAAGGAAGCCUAAGUAUUUCAACCGUGUUCAUACUGGUUAUGAAUGGAACAAGUAUAAUCAAACUCAUUAUGAUCAUGACAACCCACCUCCAAAGAUUGUGCAGGGAUACAAAUUCAAUAUCUUCUAUCCUGAUCUUGUUGACAAAGCAAGAGCUCCAACUUAUGUCAUAGAGAAAGAUGGAGAUAGUGCUGAUACUUGCAUCAUAAAAUUCCAUGCUGGCCCUCCUUAUGAGGACAUAGCUUUCCGAAUUGUUAACAGAGAAUGGGAGUACUCCCAUAAAAAGGGAUUCAAGUGCAUAUUCGACCGAGGAAUUCUGCAUUUGUACUUUAACUUCAAGCGUCACAGAUACCGUCGUUGAUGGGUUUCCAGAAGCACACCGCUUGUUCCAAAGUUCAGUGCUUUGCUAUCCAUUUCUCGUUUAUGUAUUUGUUAGGCCAGCUUGUAUGAGAUGUUCAUUCAUGAAUGAAGAAUUUUGUCAACUUGCUAUUAGUUGUGAUACAAAUCUGGAGUUUUUCUGAUUAGCUAUGCUAAUUGCUGAAAUGAAGUCAACUGUUGGCUGACAACCUUUAAAGGUUUUGGGGAUCGUAAGUUUCAAUUAUUUUCAUUUGCUUGUAUUGGGAGGACUUGUGAAAUUUGAGGUUCCCUCGGCUUAAUUCUAUGUGUAGUGCUUUUCAGCUCAUGCUUGCUCUUGAGGGCUGGGAUGAAAUUCUGACAGGUUGAUUUUCUUUAUGAAGUUGAAUUUGCUAUGUUUUACAGAAAGUAUGGUUGGACUUGGUCUUGCCCUUUCUGUGAAGUUGAUUUUGUUGUUCCAUUCUAUUUGUGGCUUAAGAAAGCUAUGAUUUGAUUCCCCUCAACAUCGAGAACACCCUUCAUGAUCUAACGUAUGUCUUCUUCUCAGUAGAAGUGCAUGUCUUCAAUUUAUUUAUCAAUGAGAUCCACCAGUUGCCCUUCCUCUACCCUUGAAAAAAACUCUUAGGACGACCACCCUUUGAUUCCCCAGUUCAGAUAGCCUAAUUUGUUUCUGCGCAAGAUUUAUAUUCUAUGAUCACCAUGCCCAAUUUAUCGGUAUCCACCUUUUCUAUCGUUGUGCUACACCAUUAGGGAUCUAGAUAACCAGGAUUGCUAUUUGCCUCUUGUUGUGCUCAAAAUAUGGCUAUGAUUCUGGUCAAUUAGCUUGGGAAGCCCAGAGUCAGAGAGCUUAGUGUUGUACUGUCAUUUAAGUUACACAAGUGUGUAGUCUCUAAAAGUUCACAUUUUUAUUAAUUUUGAAAUAGGGAAAACAAGGACAAUUUGAAACCCAACUUUGAGCAAUAAUAUACUCUCUUUUUUUCUCUCACUAUAUAUGCCUAAACCAUCCAUUCUUGCUCUAUAUUUGCUUGAAUAAAAUGAUUAGCCUACUGGCUUCCACCAAUUAGUUGAGGUUAUGCUGUUUAUAGUGUUGCUAUUUUGUAUUUCCAUCCACAGAACUAAUUUCAACAAUGGCUUUAAUUUUCAAAGGUGUGUCUGUAAUUUAGACCACUCGAUUACUCCUAUGCUUAUCUUUUCUUUUAGGUAAGACAUCACAUCUUCCAUCGCCAUUCUCUGAUCUAUACUGCCUCCAGCUAUCUCAUUCUAUAUAUUCGACAAGAUUUGAUUGAGCAUGAAAUUCAAGAAAGAACUUAUUUUAGCGUGUACCGAAGGUAAUAUCUGAACUUGUGGUUUAAACUUGAUAUAUAACCUGUCUGUCAUUGUGCAGAAGAUCAAGCUUACUGAAGCACAUGAAGAACGAACUGAUUGUUUACAACUCCAUUAGGCGAAAACACAGAUGAGUUUGUAAUGUAUGUCCCUUGCUUCUUCUCCAUCUUGCUGAAAACUCAUCUCAAUGUUCCUUCUACAGGGAAUAGUUUGUGGAAAAGCACUAGACGUAGAAUUAUCGAGGGUUUUACCUGAGAUUAUGAGCCGUAAAUAUAAUUGAGCUAGACAUAUGAAUUACCAUGCUGAAAUAAGUCUAGUGCUAAGUGGCAAUAAUAUCAUUACAUUCUGAGUCGCUAAAGUCUUUGCAUGGUUUAUAUACCGUGUUGGUUAUAAAUAAUCAUAUUAUUGCACUAAGAUCAUGCCCAUUAUAGGCGGAUCCGGAGAAGGGCCAAUCACAGAGGGUCUUUUGUUCAUAAGCCUUACCUUAUAAAUAAAUUAUCUUGUAAUUGUGAUCAUGAUUUUCUUGUCAAAGGGUCCAUUUUGGUUGUUA